CCAAGUCCAUCAUUCUGCUCGAAGCAUUUGGUGAUUGGUUGGGCGGCGAUCAGAAGUGCCACUACAAAGGAUUCUUUUGGGAAACAAAAAUCCAAUGCAUUUGAGAUUUUGGAGGCCGCAGCAUUUGUCUAUUGUUGUCUUGUGUUUGGUUGCACACGUGACACAUUUCCUUUUCUGCAAGCGUUUCCAAAACUCUGGGAAACUUUUGUCACCCACAAAGUACACUUGUACGGGAUUGAUUGAUACGAAACAUUGGAAAGCCUUCCAAGAACGUGUCUAGGUUUUCAGACUUUGCAGGUUGCCGUGGAAAGUGGUUUAGAGAGUAUGUCGAGUUGCGUGCGCAGUAAAAUUGAGUGGCAAUCCAGCGUCAAUCCUGCGGGAAACCGUUUGGAAUACAUUGAUGGGCAUUUGAGCUUUUUGGGAAGUCCAGUUGAAGGGAUGCCUUCUCAAACUUUGCUUGAGCGCUCAGGAAGCUCGAACAAGCUAAAAGUCAUCGAGGAAUUGAGUACCCAAAUUAGAGGCUUACAAACAGAGUUGGAAAAGGCAUAUGAAGAAAUUGAACGAUUGAAAAGGUUUAGGAAGAGUCCAGAAGGCGUGGAACAGGUGAAGGGUGUGACCUCGGAAGAAUUUUUAUCGCAAGGUGUAGGAUAUCGCAGUGUUUCGGAUUACUAUUUAGCGCAGAGUAGAAAAAACAUACUGACUAGAAAGAGAAGUUUUCCAAAUAUGUCUUAUAGUAACUCAGAGGGUAACUUGCAAAAGUUGCAACAAUCCGAAAGCUUGAAGCAACCCUCUUAUCAGUCUUUGUCUAGAAAUGGUUCCGUUGACUUUUUGGAGAAAAACAAUCAUUCGUUGAGUAACGCCAUGAAGAAAAGCCAAGCGCAUAUGACGUCGGCAAAUGACAAAUCCAUUAAGAAAUCGGGUCGCGUUAAGGAUUCUUUUGCAGCUUGCUACACAGCUGACUUGAAGAACAGCGUCGCUUCCGUUUCAGAGGUAUCUGAUCCUCUGCAAGUAAGUGAACCAGGAAUAGCAAAGUCAGAUUUCAGUCACAGUUGUUUUCGCGCACCUAUUGCUUCAGCUUUGCAGGUGAAUGGUCAAUCAAGUAAUGAGAAAGAAUGGAUAUGGAAUGGAAGCGCAUUUUCCGAAUCGACCAGUUUGGAUGAAAUAGUUGAUAGUCCUUUUGGGGAGAUGCGUAGAGAUUCUUUUACCUACUCCGAUUUAAGUGGAGCGGAGUGUUUUUCGGACGAUGUCGACUCACUCUCUCUUGGUUCGAUCUUGGAUGAUGUAACGAUUAAUACAGACGAGCCGAUUUGGUCAUUCGGUCAUCUGUAUUCUGAUUUGCAACUCUAGUUAUAUUUCGAUAAAUGAAAAGUGAUUGAAUAAAUGAAAUAAAGAAUGCCUUUUUGAA